UAGUUUGACUUAUCCUUUGUUAUAGAAAUACCUUAUAAGUAUUAAGUAAGCACUUGCAUGAUAAGCUCUUCUGAUAUAUAAACUCUUAAUUAAGUUGUUUAUCCAAAUAGGACCUUAACAGUUAGCACCUUUUCACUUUAAUGUAGACAGGAUUGUGAGUGUUGAUUGUAGACAGUAGGUAUAGUUCACUUCUUUGGUUGGGUCAUGUUCAAUAUGAUUAUGAAAGAGUUUACCAUUCUUGUGUACAAGCAUGUUUGCUUUUUGAGAUUUCCUUCCUGGAAUCCCUCUUAGUUAGACAUCGAAUUCGGACCUAAUGGAGAUUGGAUCGUGAGUUAGUCGACCCUGGGUAAUCAUGUCAGCCUUGUCAACUGUGAAGGUUUACCGCUAUUGCACGCUUAAAGCUACCAACCAAAAUCAAUUCACUACUGCCGCAACAGUCAAGUGCCCUUCUUCUCUAGGAUCCGCGAAGAAUGUUUCACGAUCUUUUGGCCUGAAGUCAUCUGCUUCAUCUAGGGUUACUGCGGUGGCUGCUUACAAAGUUAAGCUGAUUGGUCCGGAUGGAAAAGAAAAUGAAUUUGAGGCAACUGAUGAUACUUACAUCUUAGAUGCAGCAGAGAAUGCAGGAGUUGAACUUCCAUAUUCAUGCCGUGCUGGAGCAUGCUCUACCUGUGCUGGGAAGGUUGUUUCUGGUUCUGUCGAUCAGUCAGAUGGGUCAUUUCUCGAUGACAAUCAAUUAAAUGAAGGUUAUGUUCUAACCUGUGUAGCCUAUCCAACUUCAGACUGUGUUAUUCAUACGCACAAAGAAGGUGACCUCUUUUGAAAAUUUCUGCCAGAAACCCGUGCCCUUACUGGAGGAGAUUUGGAGUUUUAGUUAGACAUUGCAGCCAAACUCGGUUUGUUAUGCUUAUAUGGGAUUUUUAAGUUAUGUACAAUAAUGGAUUUUUGUUUGUGUCAUGAAACUUUGUUAGUUUGUUAUUUAAGAUUUAGAUAAUGUGCGUUGUUGCUUGGAGUUUAAACGUUUAAAUAGCCUCUUCGAUGAUUUUCUGUA